AAAACGCUUGAUUUGUUGACAGCUUACGCAAGUACAAUAUUUUCGUUCAUUUAUAAGCUUAGACAUUGUUGUCAUCUGAUCAAAGAUGCAGAAUUUGUUAAUACAAAUUUCUCCCAUUGGAAGAAAUGUGAUGCCGUUAAUUAUAAAGCCUGGGCCAUGUUGCCAGAGGUUCCAUAGAUGUUUUACAACAGGUAGAGUGAGCUACAGCAGGUUAAAUGCUGCAAGACAGCACUUUACAAGACAUAAGAAGCUGUUUCCUGGCUUGCUGUCUCAAGUUGUACGUCAGUCAGCCACAGCAGCAGAAGCAGCUGCCCCAGAAAUUUCCCAGAAAGCCCAGAAGAUUGUUGGAGGAUGGUUAUUGUCAUGUGCUGGCAUGUGUGCUGGAGCUGUUCUCCUGGGUGGUAUUACAAGAUUGACAGAGUCUGGUCUGUCCAUGGUUGACUGGAAGUUGUUCAAGGACAUGAAGCCUCCACGGUCACAGCAAGAGUGGGAGGAAGAGUUUGAAAUAUAUAAACAAUAUCCAGAGUAUAAGUAUGUUGCACAGGAAAAAGGCGACAUGACGCUAUCAGAGUUUAAGUUUAUCUAUUACAUGGAAUGGGGUCACAGGAUGUGGGGAAGAGGUGUGGGCCUUGUGUUUGCUUUACCAGCAUUAUACUUCUUAAAGAAAGGUUGGAUUUCAAAAGCCCUGAAGCCCAGAUUAGCAAUAUAUACAGCUCUUAUUGGAUUUCAGGGUUUCCUUGGUUGGUAUAUGGUGAAAAGUGGACUGCAAGAACAACCAAAUUCUACAGAUAUUCCACGGGUGAGCCAGUAUAGACUGGCAUCACAUCUUGGCUCUGCGUUACUGCUGUACACCCUGUUCUUGUGGAAUGGACUGGCCCAUGUUUUACCACCAGCACAGAUACCAGAUUUCAAGCAGUUGGCUAGAGUGAGAGGAAUGGCUCAUGGCUUGAUGGCAGCAGUGUUUGUAACUGCUUUAUCAGGUGCAUUUGUCGCUGGCCUGGAUGCUGGCCUUACCUACAACUCCUGGCCUAAAAUGGCUGAUAGAUGGAUACCUGAUGAUCUGCUGGCAAUCUCACCCAAGUGGAAAAACAUAUUUGAGAAUGCAACAACUGUACAGUUCAACCAUAGAUACCUGGCCCAAGGCACAGUUGUAUUAAUAAGUGCAUUCUGGCUUAUGGUGAGGAAAUACCCACUUCCAAUACGUGCACGUCUAGCAGUCAACUGCCUGGCUGGAAUGGCCUUCAUACAGGCCACAAUGGGAAUAUUAACGUUGCUGUGGUAUGUACCAACUCAUCUGGCAGCCACGCACCAGUCUGGCUCUGUGGUGUUACUUAGUAUGGCAACAUGGCUGGCACUUGAACUGAGAAGGUUGCCAAAGUAAUCCUUGGCCAGCAAUCCAUUUAUGACCAGGAUUAAGAAGAAUAUCUGCAUAAUUAUUGUGAUAGCUUGUCCUGUGAGAGAACAAUGUCAAGCGGAUUAUUUGCAUUCAUUUCUGUUGUAAAUUUUCUAUUUUUCAUGCACUCUUUCCCAGCUCUGUGAGCAUCAGUUUGUAAUACUAUUUGCAUUAAAUUUUGUGUUUCUUUCUGUUUAUAUUUAUACAUAGACACAGAUUUCUGUAACUGCAAAAUAAUUGUGUACACAAUAUUUGUAUAAUUGUGUAACAAAAAUGUUGUAAGAAAUAUAGGUGUAUUUGAGUAAUCUGUACAUCCGCAAAUAAAUUUGUAAAAUUCCUUUU